AUGAUUCUUCAGCAGCCCCUGGAGCGUGGCUCCCCGAGACGGGCCCAACGCGACUCGGGGCUGCCUCGAAGCCUGGACGCGAGCUCCCCUCUCCGAGGAGCUGUGCCCAUGAGCACCAAACGGCGCCUGAAGGAGGAGCAGGAGCCCCUGCGCAAGCAGUUCCUGUCCGAGGAGAACAUGGCCACCCACUUCUCCCAGCUCAGCCUACAUAACGACCACCCUUACUGCAGCCCCCCGCUGGCAUUCUCCCCAGCUCUGCCUCGACUCAGGAGCCCUUGCUCUGAACUGCUUCUCUGGCGCUACCCUGGAAACCUGAUCCCCGAGGCGCUGCGGCUGCUGAGGCUGGGGGACCCGUCUGCCUCCCGCUACCCUGCGCCCCCAGCGGGGGAAACAAUGGAGCCCUGA